AUUGUUGAAGAUGUGAAAAUAAGGUUUCCUAAAAUUUAGCACAAAUAAUAAGAAAUUGCUUUAAAUUUAUAGGAAAAUCAUAUAAAAAUAUAACAAAAAAAAGCGCCUCAACGUGUGAGUCUCUAUCCAGCCAAGGGUGUAAUGGUCAUGGGUGAGAACAUAAUGGACGAAUUAGCAUCACUGAUACGCACGGAAAUUCCCGAUGGACGCCAAAGUCUACGCGAUAGCUACACCAACCUGGAAAGGGUGGCGGAUUAUUGCGAGGAUACCUACUACAGAGCUGACAAUAAAAAGGCUGCAUUGGAGGCUACCAAAAACUAUACAACACAAUCAUUGGCCAGUGUUGCCUAUCAGAUAAAUACCCUGGCGUAUAGCUAUAUGCAGUUGUUGGAAUUGCAGGCGCAACAAUUAAGUGAAAUGGAAUCACAAAUGAAUCAUAUCGCACAAACGGUGCAGAUCCACAAGGAAAAGGUUGCCAGAAGAGAAAUCGGCGUUCUCACUGCUAAUAAAGUCAGCACUCGUCAAUUUAAGAUCGUAGCGCCCAUUAACCCCGAAAAGCCAAUUAAAUAUGUACGUAAAGGCAUUGACUAUUCCAUACUUGAUGACAUUGGCCACAGUGUAAACACCAAUCAAACGAAUCGCAAUCAAAAACAUCGUGGCUCUUCACAUGGUUCGGUACAAUCAUUGGCCCAGCCAACUGUGGGUCCACCGCCGACCACAAAACCACCAACUCCACCGCAAAUGUCACGUGGAAAUACCGGUACAUUGGGUAAAUCCUCAGCAAUCAGCAAUACUGGUACAUUGGGAAAAAGUUCACGGGAAUAUCGUACGCCACCUGUUGUCAAUCCACCACAAGUACCAUCGCAUUAUGCUCCCAACUAUCCUAUCGGUCAUCCCAAACGUUUGUCGACCGCUUCGUCGAGUACCACAGCUACGGGUGUUAGUAGUACCGGUAUCGGUGGUGGUGGUUCAGUAACCAAUAAUGAACGUGCUGCCGGUUACAGUGCCCUCCCAAUGCCGCCAAGUCAACAAAUUGCAACACAUGUUAAUUUACCAUCAGCUGGUAUGAUGCAAUCAUUGCCACCACCACCACCCACGACUUAUGAUGAUCGUAAUAGUAUGCCACCACCACCUUCUCCAUUGACGGUGCCACAACAUGAAAUAACUGAACAAAGUCACAUUGGUAUGCAUACCUUGGGUCGCAAUCAUAAUAGAAACGGCAACAACAGGAACCAUUUCAGCUUGAACUUUGCUAGACCUGGAUCACAGUCGCCACCAUUGCCGCCACCACCACCACCAGAGGAGGAACAUCAAGAUUUUGGACGGCCACGUACCUCGGCUGGUCAGGGACAAUUGGCUCCAAUAGUGCCAGAAGAUCAAAAUCUACCGGGAUGGGUACCAAAGAAUUACAUUGAAAAAGUGGUUGCAAUUUAUGAUUACUAUGCCGAUAAAGAUGAUGAACUUAGCUUCCAAGAAAGUUCAGUAUUAUAUGUUCUGAAAAAGAACGAUGAUGGCUGGUGGGAAGGUGUUAUGGAUGGUGUUACCGGUUUAUUCCCUGGCAAUUAUGUAGAACCAUGUGUUUAAGGUAUACACACACAAUUGUUCCCACAUAGGUUUUUU